AUACAUGUGAAUUCGACAGUUUCAUUCCGGAAGAUUUUACGCGGUGCAGUUGUGUUGCUUUCGGAAGUGUAACAUUAAACGUUUUUGUGGUUCAGCCGUUUAAUUAAAGAUGAGUGGAGACUCGGACGGUAAUAAAGAGUUUCACGAACAGCUUCGUUUGCAGCGGCUUUACGAACAGAGGGGAGAAGGAGGGAAAGAUGAUCCAUACACAUAUGUGGAUCCAGAAGACGGAACUGUGUAUGACUGGGACCAUGAAAAGCGAGCUUGGUUUCCAAAGAUAAAUGAUGAUUUCAUCGCAGCAUAUCAAGCAAGCUAUGGCUUCAAUGAGGAAGGCGUCCCUGAUCCAGCUGUUGCAAACCCUCCAGACGAAUCGUCUGCUGGCAAACCGGAGGAGCCAAAGAAACAAGAUGAACCAAUAAAACCAGAUGAGAGCUCAGAAGAGGGCAAAGCUAAAGAAAGCACCCAGAAAGGAGAAAAGAGAAAGGCAGAUCCAGGCUGGUUUGAAGUUGAGCAGACUAAAAACACAAAUGUCUAUGUGUCAGGUCUUCCUCCAGACAUAACCCCUGAUGAGUUUGUAGAGAUAAUGUCCAAAUGUGGAAUUGUCAUGCGUGAUCCGAUUACAGAGGAAUAUAAAAUCAAGCUCUAUAAGGACAAGCAAGGGAACCAAAAAGGAGAUGGACUUUGUUGCUACCUAAAGAAAGAGUCUGUGGCUCUUGCCGCGAACCUCUUGGAUGAGACCGAGAUUCGGGGUUACAAACUGCACGUGGAGGCAGCGCGAUUUGAGCUCAAAGGAGAAUACGAUGCCAGCAAGAAAAAGAAGAAGAACAAAGACUAUCGCAAGAAACUCCAGCAGCAACAAAAGCAGCUGGAUUGGAAGCCGGAGAAGGUCGGGGAGGUCCGCAAAAGAUAUGAAAAAGUUGUCAUCAUUCGAAACAUGUUUCAUCCCAGCGACUUUGAGGAGGAUCCUUUAGAGCUGAAUGAGUACAGAGAUGACUUGAGGACAGAAUGUGAAAAAUUUGGCCAAGCGAAGAAGGUCAUCAUUUUUGAUAGGCACCCUGAUGGAGUGGCCUCCGUUGCUUUUAAAGAAACCGAAGAGGCGGAUGCAUGCGUGGCGGCCCUCAAUGGACGCUGGUUCGGAGGGAGGCAGCUAUCAGCAGAGCUAUGGGAUGGUGUCACCGACUACCAGGUUGAAGAAACAUCUCGAGAGCGAGAAGAGAGACUGAAGGAAUGGUCCAAAUUCCUGGGCGAUGAGAAUGCGGCCAACAAAGCCGCAGCUGAUUCCUCCAAAGCGGCAGACACGCAAAGUGCAGAAAAUCAAAAUCCCACCACACAAAAAGCAGCAGAACCGUCCCAACAGGAGGAGCACGCAACAGGAGAAGAACAACAGGAGGGGGGCAAGAAAGAGGAGGACGGGGGAGGAAUGGAAUCAACCGAUAGCAGUUUAGCAGGAAGUGAUGACGAGGAUGAGUAGAUGUGGAAAAAACAGAACUUGCUCAAUAUCCCAUCCUUAUAAACACUCGGUGCGCUCAAAACCAGUCUGCUUUGUUUUUACCUGUUAACCUUUACUGCUCCCGUGAUAUGCCUGUGCAUUUGACAUAUCAGAAUUUAGCAAUUAAAAUGAAAAUAAGACUGUAAAUAGUCAUUUGGUUGCCUCCUCGUUGUCCUUUAUGCUUAUCUAUCAUCAUGUCUAAAUCAAUUGGAACUUUUGUUAAUAGUUUUAUAAUAAAAAAAAUUGUGAUCUCAUUAUUUUUUUCUUGCA